AUGACAAAAUUGUAUGACAUAUUAAACUCGAUUAAUCCAAAUCAACAACAUGCUGUAGCAGGGAUUGAUGAAAUUGUUAACGAUGCGAUGGAAGGAUGGAAUGUUUUGAAAGAUUCAACAUUUGCAAUUUUUGAUUGGGGACAGAAAAUCAUUCCACAACGUUAUCGAGAACCACAGAGAGAGUACUAUGGUAAAAAAGGAUUAUGUGUCUUAGUUGGAUCAUUCGUUGUACGGAACGUUCCGAUGUCUAAAAUCAGCAAACCAAAUAAUGAUUCAACAGCAACGCUUAAUGAUUUAACAACAACAUUUAAUCAUUUAACAACAACAUUUAAUGAUUCAAUAACACCAUACGACGAUUCGACAACAUCAUUUAAUGAUUCAAUAACAACAUUUAAUACGUCAAUAACAAUGUUCCAUGGUUUAGCAGCAUCAUUCAAUGAUUUAAAAACAGCAUUUAAUGAUUCAACAACAUCGUGUGAUGAUUCGAUAACAUCAUUUAAUAAUUCAACAAUAUCAUUCAAUGAUUCAACAACACCACUGAAUUAUUCAACAGCAACAUUUAAUCAUUUAACAACAUCGUUUAAUAAUUCAACAGCAUCAUUUAAUAACUCAACAACAACAUUUAAUAAUUGA